AUGCCUCCUUUCAGACUAACUGCGACUGCGCUAUGGCUAACUCUCUUUGCGCUUGUACACGCGAAAGUGUACAAGAGCAUUGACGAGCUUCCCGCUGGCUUGGAGGAAUCCUUUGACUUCAUCAUUGCUGGGGGAGGUAAUGCAGGCUCAGUUUUAGCUGGUCGACUAUCGGAAGAUCCCAAGUUCAGUGUCUUGCUCGUUGAGGCUGGGCCAGAUAAUGACGGGGCUUUGGAACUUCGAAUCCCUAAGAACUCGCCAUGGGGCAUUCCCAGGACCUUCAGCUGGAACUACACUGUGGUCCCCCAGAGUGGAUUGAAUAAUCGAACGUUUUUCUUGAACAGAGGACGGGUGCUUGGAGGGAGUAGCUCGAUCAAUGCAAUGAUCUACACUCGAGGAUCCGCGGAGGACUACGAUCUUUGGGCGAAGAUCACUGGCGAUCGUGGCUGGAGCUGGAAAUCAUUGUUCCCCUAUGCUCUCAAGCAUGAAGGAUGGACUGGUGGAGUUGGAGGACGCAACGUAUCGGGUCAGUAUAAUCCGCGCGUUCAUGGGUUGAAAGGGCCCGUCAAAGUCGGAAUGCCAUGGCGCGAACCUAUUGAAUUUGACAAAAUAUGUGUCGAGGCUGGAAAGAGUAGUAAAGAAAUUCCGUACAACGGGGACGCUAAUGAUGGAGAUUUACAUGGGAUCACUUGGGUGCACUCGACUUUUGGCGAAGGAGAGCGGAGCAGCUCUGCUACUGCGUAUCUCACCAAGGAAGUUCGAGCGCGCCCGAAUCUCAGCAUCUUGGUCAAUACAUAUGUUACCCGUGUUCUUCCAUCCAACAGUGGACGAGACUUGGAUAUCCGCACGAUUGAACUGGGCCCACUCGGUGGAGGCUCGACCGUGACCUUGACUGCGAAGAAGGAAAUCAUUCUCUCUGGCGGUACGAUUGGUACCGCUCAUAUUCUGCUGAAUUCGGGAAUAGGGGAUCGAAAGCAUCUCGCAGAAGUUGGUGUCAAAACCAUUCACCACCUUCCGGAUGUUGGAAAAGGGAUGUCCGACCAUGGUACCACGGGCUUUAGAGCGUCUUCGAAUUUCGCCUUGGAACCUCCUCCGUAUGAUAACGACGAGGCGAUGGCUCAGUGGGAACAACAUAAAACGGGUCCGCUGAGCCAAAGUGGUAUUUCAAAUCUCAUUGCCUGGGCGCGGAUCCCCUCAAAUUCGACGAUUUUCAAACGCUUCAAGGAUCCUUCUCCAGGUCCUGGCACUCCUCAUAUUGAGUACUCUCUGUCUACUUCAGGGAAUCAAACAGGCGCCCAAUUGUUCCUGAUGAGCCCGUACUCCCGCGGUUCCGUUCGUCUCAACUCCAGCAACCCAUUCGACAACCCUCUGAUUGAUUCUGGAUUCCUUACCCAUCCGUACGACAUCGAAGCUUACAAGGAAGGGUACCGUAUGAUCAAACGGUUCUAUGAACUGCCUAUCUGGAAAGAUCGAAUUACGGGUCCGUUUACAAUCGAUCCUGACGUGCUCUCCGAUGGGGAGUUCGAGAGGCGGGUUAGGGAUGAACUGGCGUCUGCGUUGCAUCCUGUUGGGACGGCGGCGAUGUCGUCUGGGAGGUCUAGGACGGGUGUUGUUGACCCUGAGUUGCGUGUUAAAGGUGUGAGGGGGUUGAGAGUGGUUGAUGCUUCGGCUAUUCCCUAUGUUCCAGCUGCGCAUACUCAAGCACCUGUGUAUAUCUUGGCUGAAAGGGCUGUGGAUAUCAUUCGUUCGGCUUGGGCUUAG